AUGCUCGGAGUUUAGUUGUUUCCGAGACUUAAUCGAGAUGCUGGUGCUCGGGAUUGCAUUGCUGGCAGUUUCCUGUGCUCAAGGAGCGCAAGUGUACAUGCAGUUCAAUGGACAAGGGUACUCCUACAACACGGAUGGCGAUAGAUUGGACAGGAGUGUCGUUUCCCCCAGCUUUAGGGCAUCUUCUCUGGAUUCCUUUGGGCCACUAAACUUUGUGCAGCAGGCCUUGAGGACAAGACACAGUCCACUUCCCAGGAUUUCCUACAAUCCUGCACAGGAUAAUCUGGCAGAGGCAACUUCCUUGCUGAGUAGAGGCUACCAAGUAGCACCGACCAAUCAACUGAAGCCGCUGCAAAGCCACCGAAACUUUGAUUUCAGCACCGACCAGAUGUCGCAUGCCCAGCACACCGAUGAGGCGGGAAAUGUGUUGGGCAAGUACUCCUACUACGAUGAGGCUGGCUACCAUGAGCUGAGCUACAAGGCGGGCGCCGGCAUCGGAUUCGUGGUCAUGGGUGGCAAUUUGGCCAAGGCCACCGCCGCCGAACCGCACUCGGAAAUAGAAAUCGGAAACGGAAUCCAAACAAAUGCCUUGACAGGCCUGCAAGAGUUGCAUAAAUAUCGUGGCUACACGUAAAUAAAAUACAUUAGCUUAAA